CGAUCACGAGGAAGCGGAUGUUAGGUAUUUCUCCGUCGCAAAAGCCAUUUUCAUGCUCAAAUGCCCUUUUUCUAACUAGUUGCUCCUCGAUUCGAGAUCGACAUAAAAGGAAAUCAUGAAUUUGGAGCGUAUUCCCAAUGAGGAGAAGCUAAGUCUGUGCAGGAAAUAUUAUCUAGGUGGUUUUGCAUUUCUCCCUUUCCUGUGGCUGGUUAAUGUCGUGUGGUUCUUCAAAGAAGCCUUUGUAAAACCUGCCUACACAGAACAACCACAGAUCAAGACGUAUGUGAAGCGGUCAGCGCUGGGGCUGUUGCUGUGGGUAGCUGUGCUGACGACGUGGAUCAGCAUUUUCCAGCAUUUCAGAGCGCAGUGGGGAGAAGUGGCUGACUAUAUUUCAUUCACUAUUCCACUUGGGACGCCAUGAGGAGAUAAAAUCUCUUUUCUUCUUCUUCUUUUUUUUUUUUUACAUUUUUUUUAAAAUCCCAUUUGCAUAUGGUUUGUUACCAACUAAUAACCCCACUGGUGGUAACAAAGUAGGUUGGCAUUAAAAUGAAAAUUUUGACCGUGGUAAACUGAUAAAACAACUUGCCCCACAGACUGGGAAGACACUACACUCUAAAGUUCAGCCACUGAGAAAUUGUCCAGGAAUAGAUAAUGUUACAUACUGUAUUAAAAACUGUUGUUUUUCUCUCUGUAUUGAUGAUAAUGGAAUAAAUUCGUUCAAUCUGUA